CUUUAUAUGCAUCUUUAAAUAUGAGUUUUUGCCGGAUAAAUCCUGGCUUGGGAGGCUUUGAAUCGAAAUUAAAACCUUAUUAUACACUAUUGCAUGUGAAGCUGCUUUGAUUUUCAUUAUUUAGUUAAAGCUUCCCUUUGCCGGGCGUUGAGUAGUAUACAAAAAUGCUGGUGAUUAUGCGAUUACUUUGGAAACAACAGGAGGCGUGUUAAUCUGUUAGGUUGCAUUCUGCGGGAGUCCACCCAAAGUUGGAUUGAUAUACGUGGAACGAUCGUUUUAUUGGGAAUGAGCCCAUGGAUAACAUUGAAACAGCUGCUUCAACACAUCUUAGAUAUCAACACGUCAUCGACUUGACAGUGUACAGUAUCUUUACAAAUACAGCAUGAGCUGACGGAGAAGAAAGGAACUCCGUAGGCAGCAUGGGAUUCAGACGAGUUAAAGGCGUUUUGACUGUGACGAUUUUGAUAUCUUUUGCCAUAUUCGUUAUAGUUGAACUAACGCGUUCACGUAGCCAAGAAAGGAAGGAUUUAUUUCUUCACAAAAAGAGUUAUAACUUUACUAUUAACAAUCCUAGAGCAUGCCACACAGCGGGGAGGCUCCACCAAGGGGUGUUUUUACUGGUUAUUGUAGUGACUCAACCUCAGAACUUCCAGCAGCGUUCUCUGUUCCGUCAAACGUGGGGUUCCAGAACGCAGUACAAAGACGAGCAAAUCCGUACGUUGUUUUUAGCAGGAAGAAGCCCAAACUUCUCAGUCCAAUUCGCACUGAAGGCGGAAAACGACAAGUAUGAAGACAUUAUCCAAGCCGACUUUGAGGACUGUUACCUUAAUUUGACACUAAAAAUGGUCUUGGCGUUGCGUUGGACAGUGCGGUACUGCCCCAAUGCUCUUUACAUCUUGAAAACAGAUGACGAUAUGAUUGUCCGGUACGACAAACUUGCUGAAUAUCUGUAUAAUCUGCCGUGGAAACCGAUGCCAAGACUGUACAUGGGGUUUUUGUUGGUAAACAAGGUACCUAAAAGAUCUAAAGACCAUAAGUGGUACACAAGCUAUGAAGAAUGGCCCGAAGAGCACUUUCCAACGUACAUUUCAGGACCAGCGUAUGUGAUGGGCCGUGGCGCCGUGAAAGGGCUUUAUUCCUCCGCCUUGGAAACACCUCUCUUUAAAUUUGAGGACCUUUUCAUGGGGAUAUGCGCGAGGAAAGCUAACUUAACACUCAGCCAUAACGAUGAAAUGCCAGACAGACGCAUGGGGGACCGUUACACGUAUUGCCUAUACGAUGGAUUUAUCACCAUUCACCACGCUGCUGUUAACCUGAGUUUGCGAUAUUGGGAAGAACUUCAUUCGGCUCAGCGUCCGAUCUGUAAUAUCACCGGAUGGGAGGCGUUACGUAUUGAAAGACAGAAAGAAAGAGAGAAAGAAAGAAAAGAGAAAAAGACACCCAACCCUUUAGGACAUUACUUAAAAUGGUUCUCAAUGUUCUAAAUUGCUGUUUUAUGUCUUACAGUACAACUUGGUAUUUUUAAUCAAAGGGCGACAGGUUGCUCACAUGCAAAUAAAUGCAAUGCGGGUACAUUGGAAGGAAUACAUAUAAACAUAUGAAACCAACACGCAUAUAUAUUUUUCUAUAAGAGAACUCUGAUUGCGCUAUUCAGGUACUACAGACAUACCUCAACAGUUGCUCUACAUGAACGUUUAUCUUCAUAUAUAAUAUCAAUGACAAAAUAUAAAAAAGGUCUUUCUUUAGUGAUGAAAAAUGCAAUUCUGAGCUCAUAGGACAAGUGAAAGCUAAAGUAAACGCAGGUUUUCAUUCUUCGUUGUGGUACAAUUGUUGUUUCUUUUCUAGGCCAGUUUAUACGAGUGCUAUGAAUACUCUUGCUUAAAAUAAUGGAAUAUUUCAAAAGAAUAUUGCAUAUGCUAUUUUAAUGGGUUUAAUGUUAAACUCCCUAAAAGAUAAUAUUUUCAAACAUGUCCUCUAUUAACUCAUAUUGACAGCCACAAAAAAUGAACGCUAACAUGAUCGGAGAAAAAAUUCAUUAUUCUUAUAUGCUUGUCAAUUAAGUCUUAUGAUGCAGGUAGAGUGAUAAUAAUUAUCAAGUAAAAUCAACUUGCCACGACAAAUUGAAAAAAAAAGGCGGGCUCAAUGAAUUUGGUAGAUUUGUCCUCCAGUUACUGGACACUUACUUGGACCGACAAGCUCUUGGAUCUUGUUGGCUUGAAUGGCCGGUGGGCUAAAACGUGCCUGGCGUGAACUCUUUACAUGUUAGUUAUGCUUUAUUAUAUUCGUUAAUAUUCUUCCAUGCUAGUUAACAUUAGUUCAAGUAGCAACGGAGUUAGAAUUAUGAAUAACAUGCUUGUGAUUUUUUUUUCAAAAGCAGUGCUAAACCACUAUACGACUUAAAAAGAAAUUUUAUCUUAAUUCAUGCUGU